AAGGCGAACAGGGCAGACGUUAUUCCCCACAAAACAAGACGUAGAAGGAGUCCAGCACAAAAGCAACGGCACGUGGUGAGCUACUGGAUCAGGGAAGAGCCUUGCAGGCAUUGUAAAGCUGCGAGGACCCAGCAGUGGCUGUUCCAGCACUUCUUCAAACCUGAGUCGCCUCUUCCUGGGAAGGAUACUUCAUUAGAAGAGGAUUUUGAGCAAGUCUGUCCAAGGAGAAGGGUCUAG